AUGGAGGUCUCGUCCAGCACCACAGCCUCCACACUGCAAGACAACAACAGCCACGUGCUGCCACACACCCUCGUCACAUCCUUGGCCUCAACGUCAAGCCCUGUUGUGUCUACAUCUGGCCCAGAGACUGAAGGAUUAAACAAUGUGGUGUCAAAAGAAGCUCCAGCAGGAACUCUAGAAGUUCGUUAUGGGCCUCACUUGCCUUCAGGAAUCUAUUCCUCAGAAACGAUCAACUCCAAAGAUGUUCGAGAUUCAAAGGCAGUACCUGGCGUCUGUGGGCUGUACAAUUUGGGCAACACUUGCUUCAUGAAUGCAGGCCUGCAGAGCCUCAUGAGUUGUGCUCCUUUGGUGAAGUUCUUCUGUGAGAGCUACAACUUGACAGAUGGAAACAAGCAUACACUGACUGCACAGUUCUACAUACUACUGUGUAAAAUGUGGAGUGGUCACUUCUCUGUGGUGCACCCAAGGAAGUUCAAGGAUUUCCUGGGGUUCUAUCACUCCCAAUUUGAGGACUAUAGACAGCACGAUUGUCAAGAGUUUCUGGCAUUGCUUCUAGAUACAUUACACGAGCAGCUGAAUAGCGCUGCCACCGCCAACACACACUCUUACCUGUCAUCUCCACUCCCUGUGACCUCAUCCUGCUCGGCAUUGCCCAUCCCAUCCUUAGAAAAAUAUGGUGCUGCCGCUGUCACCACCCCUUUAAAAUCAAAACCUCUUCCUGUGCCAGAAACAGUACUUACAGGAGUCAUGGAUGGUGGCCUGGUCAGUGAUCUUAAUAAUAAAGAUUCCAGCCCGACUGUUUUAAGUCCUGCUUUCAAUGUAGACAGGGAUGACGAUGUUAAUGUGAAGUCUGUAGAAUACGCUGGUCUUGCUCAAGCUAUGUCUGGGACUGAGGUUGAACAAAGUCUUGUUUACGCUGAUGAAGGAAGUCCAACAAGUCAGUCUUCUGUGCUGGAUGCAGUUGCAACAAGUCCAUCUAGUCACGGUGACGUUGCCAGUCAGAAGUCGCCAGAGAGAGGGGAGGAGGAUGAGAUAAUUUCCAGUUCAUUCCCACCAUUGAAACGAUACACCAGCCGCUCUAAUUUAGAUGAUGUCACAUCGUCAGAUUCUGGAGUGGUGUUAAAGCCAUCUUUGAAGAGGGUGUCCAGCGGCAGCUCUGUACUAACCUGUCCGAUUUUUCACUCUGAAGACAGCAAUCAUUCCUCGGUCUCUGCUCACAGUACUGACUCUGAACAGAGCAGUGCGUUCAAGCGGCUCAAAAUUGAUGCCAUAGAGUUAAACAAAAACACAAACAACAUUGUUAAAGAAUGUGUCACAUCAUCUUCUGACUGCAAGAAAAAUACAAGAAGUAGAAAAAACAUGUUGAAUGAUAAUAACGCAUUAAGAGCAACAGGAGAUAUUCUGGUUACCAGUAAUGUCUCAAUGCCAUCCUCUCGCAUCGACCUCAAUGUCAUCGACAAUAUGGUAUCUUCUUGCCAGGAAGCACUGUGUGUUGACAUACAGUCCCCUGAGUCCGAAAAACCCGAGGCAGCAUCUCAGUUAUCGCCAGGUUUGCCCAGCCUGGAUGAUUUUUACAGUAAAGAAACCAAAACUCUCAACACAAAUGUGGUCUCGGAAUUCCUACAAGAAAUUACUUCAGACUCAGAAAAGUUUGCCAAAUUGGACAACCGUUACCGGCCUCCUUCAAAGGAAAUUAACAUUCUUCAAGAAGCAUUUGGCGAAGAAGACAAGGCAGAGAAGGUUCUUAUCGGUCAUCGAUUUGGCAGCGUCAAAAAGACAAACCUGUACGCCCAGACCUCAGUUGCAGUUGUGAAACCAGUAAAAAAUUCUGACCCAAAUAUUCUAAACAACAGCCUGGAUAUGGAUGUGGAGGCGAUGUCCAAGUUUGUCCCCAGUGGUGCCGAGGUCGUUGUUGCGGAAAACACUUUGCCUCUAAAACUAUUUCCAGACAAUCACAAACUGGAUGAGGUGGAGAAGAAUGUGCAAAUGCAAGCUUAUACUAAAUUUAACACCAUUCCUGAUCGGAGUAAUAUCCGCACUGAUCUCAUCGAUGCAGUUCCGGAUCCAGACUGUAUGGAAGUGGAUGAGGCUGAUAUUGAAAGUUCAGAUGAAGAUGAAAUAGAAGUGGCCUCCCACACAUCCACAGUAGAUGAAUGUUCAUCAGUGCCAAAUUGCUUACGCUAUUGCUCGUCCUCGGAAGUCGGGAUGGCCAACAGAGCAUGGGACGAGUACCUAGCCAAGAAUGAUAGUAUUAUAGUCAGUACUUUCCAGGGACAGUUUCGGAGUACAGUUGUGUGUUCAGAAUGCAGUCAUGUCUCGGUCACUUACGAGCCUUUCAUGUACCUCUCAUUGCCAAUACCUCAUGCUAUGGAACAACAAAUAUGUGUAGUGUACAUCUCUCAGCAUAAACCUCCCGUGAGAUAUCUGUUGAACCUCCUCAAGACAGAUAAAAUUGGAACAGCCAAGAAAAAGCUCUGCGAGCUGGUCGGGCAGGAUGACAGUGAUAUUAUCAUGGCUGAAGUCUUAGACUCACAUAUCUCCAGAAUACUGGACAACAACAUGUUGCUCAAGUAUGUAAAUACUUUUAAUCGGAAGAUUUAUGCUUUUGAAGCUGUUUCAUUGGAGUCUGACAGUGCUUUAACUGUGGAUUCUGUGUCCUGUCACCAUCUUAUCAGCAGUGACGGCAGUCCAUCUCAUCAUGACUUUGAACUGCCUUCCAGCUCCAGAGCAGAUCUACCUUACACUUCUGACGCCCAGGUGUCUAACCAGAGCUUUGACUCCAUCAAUGUAAACUCACCUAGUAGUAGAGACACUUUGGACUGCAUGCUGUCGGACUCCGAAACUUGUGAGCCAAGUUCACGCGGGCAGGAAUCUUUGACUUCAUACUUCUGUGCUGACGACGACGAGGAUGGCGUUGGUGAGUGUCAGUCUACCUCAGGAAGGGCUUCUGGGAAGAAAUCCUGGACAUCAGGAGAGCAUUCUGGGCAAAAUCUUAUUUGGAAUCUUGACCAGAGUUCUCGUGAAGCUGCGAGCCACAGUGAUACUGGACACAGCUUGGCCUCAUCAAGUUCCUGCACUGUUAGAGACAACCAAGUUAACUCCUGUACUUCUGUGUUUUGGUGCGGUCAAGAUACGAAACACAGCAAGGAACUCACAGAUGGUAACCAUGACCAGGAUUCUGAAGAUGAGACAAUAGUCAGCGAGGCUUCCUCGUCGCAGGCUGAUCUUUUCCCAAAUAUUGGACAUAACAGUCGCACAUCUGUAAUGAAAGGAUCACCUGAUAGACUUGAAGAAGAUGAGGAUGUUCUGCCGGCUUCCAUAGCCAGCACCUCCAAGUUUUCCAGUGCCACCAACAGCACAGCAAUUACCAGUACAACAAUCAGUGUCAGAAGCAGCAGUCAUCAGAUUACCAGCAGCAGCACCAACAGCAGUGCUGACAACAUCAGCAGGAACCCCUCGCGGUCGUGCCCCAGUCCUGAUGGAGUGUCGCAUACCUCAGAACAUCAAAGCACGUUGUUGGAUGUAGCAGCAAGACUUGAAGAAGGCUCCGGGAAUUAUUUUGUCCAUCGUACACAGAGUGAAGGCAACUAUGAUUUUUAUCCAGAAGGCACAUGUGAUGUUGCUGAUACCUCUGGCAAUGAAGCAUUCAGUGAUAGGAAGUCUAAUGUAGAUGCCAGGUGGUCCAACUUCCCCACAAAUAACUCAUCAGCUUCUGACACUAGGACUGCUCACAUAGUAACUUACCUUGCAGACUCUGUGGCUGACCAGUGGAGAUCCUGUGCCAUCUGUCUGGAGGAUCUGCUAGGACACGGAGCUGCUGACUCAUGUCUUAUGUCUGUGAAACACACAGCAGACGUUUCAGCUUUCUGUUGCCCAAUCUGUCUGAAUCCUGCAAACAUGUGUGAAGACUUUGUACCUUUGGCCAGUGCUAGCGCUUCUAAACCCAAGAUAAGGAUGCUGCCGAUGAGCAUUGCCUACCGCCACAGUGUCAAAGACAACACUGGCUCAUCAACACUGCAACUCUUUGGUCAUCCAAAUAUUGUCCACAUGCCCAGCGUUGUGUCGGGGGAGGCCCUCUACAGUCGGAUAGAUCGCCUGGUCAGCCCUUUACUGACCUCUUACUCAAUCUUGUUAACUGAUGGACAGGGCUUGACUUGCUCUCGUUGUACAUAUUCCUGGCACUGCACCGGUUGUGAGAUUGCCCGGGAAGGAGAAAUCACCCUGCAGCCCUCCGACUGUCUGACCAUUCAUGCCCAAGACACUCUGUCCUCUGACCAGGUGUUGGAUAUGCAGUUUGUUCAUGAGGAUGUCUCCAUGGCCGGCCUGAGGUCUUCAGAACCUACGACUAUUAUGGAUUGUUUCGGGGCUUUCACACAAAG